CCUCGUCUGGGUUUUCCCCGGAAGCGGAAGCCCAGAUUCAUGUGGAGCGACAGCAGCAGCAGCCUCGGUCCGCUGACGCUUGUAGUCGCCUCUGACACGGCUAACGUUUGCUCCGGUUUGGCCCGGUGGGGUUCGGUUGGGUUGGUACUUUAUCUACUUCACCUGCACAGUAAACAUUAUGUCGGCCGCGGAUCCCCGGUCCUCGAGUGACGGCGGGCCGGCCAGCAGAGGAGGAUUCCCGGCUGGGGAGAGCAGCAACGACCGCAACGGGCCGGGCGGCAGCAGCGGCGGCGCGGAGGGCGAACCGGAGCGGGACCGGGCCACCUUCGAGUGUAACAUCUGUCUGGACACCGCCCGGGACGCGGUCAUCAGUAUGUGCGGACACUUGUUCUGCUGGCCCUGUCUUCAUCAAUGGUUGGAGACGCGGCCCAGCAGGCAGCAGUGUCCUGUGUGUAAAGCGGGCAUCAGCAGAGAGAAAGUCAUCCCGCUGUACGGCAGGGGGAGCUCCAGCCAAGAGGACCCCAGGUUGAAAACUCCCCCUCGGCCCCAGGGACAGAGAACAGAGCCGGAGAGUCGGGGCGGGAUGUUUCAGGGUUUCGCGGACACCGGCUUUCACAUGUCUUUCGGCAUCGGUGCUUUCCCCUUCGGCUUCUUCACCACAGUCUUCAACGCCAACGACCCCUUUCACAGAGCAGACCAGUAUGCAGGGGAUCAGCAAGGCACCCCUAACCUCAACAACGGCAGUAACAACUGGCAGGACUCCCUCUUCCUGUUUGUGGCCAUCUUCUUCUUCUUCUGGCUGCUGAGCGUGUGACGUGGACCGGAGUCUCUGGAUCUAUGAGCAAGAGGGAGGAGUGCGGGAAAAAAACCUCCCACACGCUAAACUAAAGCCACAGACACACACUCAUUCUACAUUUCCUAGCAGGUACUAACUUAAGAGAGAGUGGAGUAUUGUGUUGGAUCCCAAAACAAGAAGUACACGAUGUAUUAUAUCUAUUUGGUUUUCCCCUCCUGGCAAAGGCUGGUUCACUUCCUCAGCCUACCUGCCUGCCUACCUACCUACCUACCUACCUACCUACCUGCUUCAUUGAUUUUUGUUUACCCAAGUUGUGCGUAAACCCAAAAUCAUGAAUCAUGUUGGCGCUUGUUUUCUUCAUGCACCUGUUCAUAAACACACCCAGAACAAUAACUGCUGGGGUUCAGAGACAGUAUUAAGUGAUCAGGGUAUGUCAUGGGUUUUCUUUUUUUUAAGGUGCGGAAGAGGUUCUGUUUUUUUGGUUUUUCACAUUCCUCUUGUGGAGUUAAAAUGAAAAGAGAGGGAAGGCUAUUUGCUAUUUCUUACUCUAGAUGGCCAAAGAGUAGCAGAUGAUUCAUGUCCGAUGUCAGGGGGGUGAAAAGUGUAAAUGAUUUGUGUUCCUGUUUACAGUUUCCUCGUGAAUUGAACAAGAACUCCUAGAAUUAACGACUAAUGCUUGAAAACAGACAGACAAGUAGAAAUAGCACAUUUGUCUUAACGAAAACCUGCCAUUGCACUGUGAAGUCAUUUGUAGACGCAGCUGUCCUAAAGAUUGGAGCGUGUGUUGGCGUGUAACCACUUGUUGUGUCUUUCCUCACAAAGCUGUACAAACAAGGGACGAUUUAGCCCCAGUUUGGUAGAUUUCUUCGCAUCAACAUGAGCAACUUGAGAGUAAAAAGCAAUCUGACACACAGUUUGUUUAUUAAAGAGCAAAUUGUUGAGAGAGAAACGUUCUGACUAAUAAAGUAGCUCGAUAAGAUCUACACAAUACGUCAUGAAGGCAGACUCGAUGCAACGCGCGAGGAGAAUCCUUUCAGUCAUUUGUUGAGGGGAGAAUUUACAGGAAGCUUUCUGUCAAGGUGAUUCGUUUUUUCUUGACUGUCUGAGUGAGUGUGUAAACAUUAUAUAUUUGUAUAUAUGAAUAUUGUAAAUGCUGUUUUUACGUGUUUUCUGAGUGGAUGACCAGCCACAGAGGGAGAAAGGUUUGAGCGAGUUGGCCUCAAGAUGCUUUUGUAAAUCAAGUGAAUUCCUUUUAUUAGAAUAUGCUUGCAGCCCAAAUAACUCCUACAAACUUCACCAAUUGAUUUAAAUACAUAAAGUUUGUCCUUCCCUGCUAAUGUGAUUUGAUAUGGGGAGAUUUGCUCUUUUGUAACUGACACAGUGGACCUUAAUUUACUGAACACUGUUUAAAGCAGUUGAGCAAAACUAACACGCAUUCAUCUUAAUAAUAUCUGACAAGUUAAGGAAAAAGUGCCACUCACUUCUUUCUUACUCCACACACACUUCUUUCAGUCACAAACCGCUUCAUGGGAGUUUUUAUUCCCCACAUAUACACUAUAACUUCCAAACACAUUUUGGUGUGUGAUACCGCUGUAAUUCAGCUGAUCUAGAUGCAAUGGGUCGGACAAUAAAACAUCACACCAGGGUCAGAGAAACUCAAGGUGUUCUGUGGGAGAAACAGAAUUGCUACUGGAGCUCGUCAUUUCUUUCAUACCUGUCUGUUCAAGCAACUUUUUGUAUUAUAAGGCUUAUGUGACACUAAAUGAUGGAAGUCACGAUUUGACAGAGUUAAAUGGGAGACAUUGUGCAAAACCAAAUGAUGUAAGAGAUUAAAACUUCAUUAAAAACAAA